GGAAGUAGCUACGUGUUCAUUUUUGCGACAGUUCAGGAAGCAUCUACGAACAGCUACAGAAACGAGCAAGAGUUGGUGCUUUCUCCUGCGAAGGAGUGCAGCAAAACAGCACCAUGUUGCCGACAACGAACAGCAACGGUGCCCUCAGUUCUAGGGACGCUGCACGUCACACGGCAGGCGCCAAGCGCUACAAGUACCUGCGACGGCUGCUCCACUUCAAACAGAUGGACUUUGAAUUUGCCCUGUGGCAGAUGCUUUACUUGUUCACAUCACCACAGAGAGUCUACCGCAACUUUCACUACAGGAAACAGACAAAGGACCAGUGGGCCAGGGACGACCCUGCUUUCCUGGUGCUGCUCAGCAUCUGGCUAUGUGUGUCAACAAUAGGCUUUGGUCUGGUGCUGGACAUGGGAGUCGUGGAAACUCUGAAGCUGCUGCUGUGGGUGGUCUUUGUUGACUGUAUAGGAGUCGGUCUGCUCAUAUCAACCCUCAUGUGGGUUGUCAGCAACAAGUACCUGCUGAAACAUCCCAGCAGAAACUUUGAUGUGGAGUGGGGCUACGCAUUUGAUGUUCACCUCAAUGCCUUCUAUCCCCUUCUUGUCAUCCUUCAUUUCCUGCAGCUCUUCUUCAUCAACCAUGUGGUGGUAAUAAACUCCGACUGGUUCCUGGGAUACUUUGUCGGGAACACUUUGUGGCUUAUUGCCAUUAGUUAUUAUCUCUACAUCACUUUCCUUGGGUACAACGCCCUGCCCUUCCUGAAGAACACAGUGGUGCUGCUCUACCCCUUCGCUCUGCUCGGCCUCAUCUACGUCCUCUCCGUGUCUCUGGGCUGGAAUUUCACCAAGGGUCUCUGCUGGUUUUACAAGUUCAGAGUCCAGUAGGACCAGUUUGUCUCUACUGUGGACUCUAGUUGGCUCCAGGCUGACUCAAGAUCUGUUUUCAACUCACAUCUAGGUGACUACAAAUCUAUUUCCAGCUACUGUCAGUCAACAUCUGGUGUGGAAUGACUCUCAGUAAGCUGUGUUGGUUGACACUGAGCUGGUUGACUGUUGCUCAACUUUCUGUUUGGCUCUUAUUUUGAGCUGGAGCUCCACAGUCCGUGAACAGUGGUGUGUAUGGACAAGUUGCAGAAACGGGGAUGGAUGACAUACAGCUUUUAUUGUUGUUCUUUUUUGUAUGAUUUGUAAAUAUUAUUCUGGCAGGUUGUAAUAUAUAAACAAAUGAUUGUUUCUGAAGAGAAAAUGUUGCUUUGUUUCUUUGAGUUUUCUUUAAAAAAACGACUGAAAAAAAAUCAAAUCCUGCUUAUUGAAGAGAGAAAAGGAAAGUGGAGGAACAUGGGAUGCAAUUUCUUUUUCCUUUUCGUUUUUUCUUAAAGUGUACAUUCCAGAGCACUUUCAAUAAAAGGUUUUAUUAACUUA